UGAAGAUGUCGCCGGGCUGGAAACGGGAAGGAGGAAUUUUCUUCCUCUUCUUGCUGCUGAUGUGUUCGGUGCGGCGGACGGAGGGUCGACCCCCGGAAUUCGACAUCUACGGAUCGGGAUACCGGAGGGUGCUCCUCAUCCCGGCGAGCACCCCCGUGGCAGGGCCCGAGGGGACACCCAUCCUGAGGAUCAUGGCUCAGGAUUUCGACGGCGACACCCCUCUCGAAUUCUCCCUCACGGGGAGAAGUGCGAACAACAUUUUGUCCGUGAAGCCGAUGCCUUGCCUGAAGGGAGCUCGGUACUGCGAAGCCGAUCUUCGUCUCAUGAGACAGCUCGAAGCCGGUCGGAAUUACGACGCGAUCCUCCGGGUGCAGGACACGAGGGGGGAGUCUCGAGAGGUGGAUCUUCGGGUGAAUGCAACCAAGGGGAAUUAUACCCUCCGGGACACGUUCCCCAAUUACCGAAACGCUCCAGUCCUCGUCCCCGAGGAUGUGGCGGUGGGGACGGUGGUGUAUUCCGUCAUCGUGAACAAAGAUCCCGAGCUUCGUGGUUCCCCAGACUGCUCCCUGGACACGCAGACGGAGGAGAGCGGGAAGGCGUUCACGGUGUCGCAGCCGUCCAUCGCCGGAGAGAACCUGAACGUAUCGAUCGCCCUGGCGAAACCGUUGGACUUCGAGACCCGAUCCCUCUACCACCUCACCCUCGUCUGCAAGGACGCGUACGUGGAACGGAAGGUCGACAACCGAAACGUGGUGUCCCUGGACGUGAUCCUGGUGGUGGUGGACGUUCAGGACACUCCACCCGUCUUCCUCAACGCUCCUCCCCUCACCAUCAUACCUUCUAACGCCGCCAAGGGAGAUACCCUGACGCAGGUGAAGGCCGUGGACGGGGAUAGGGGUUCGUCCCGGGCCAUCCGUUAUUCCCUCCGACGAUCCGAUAAUCCCUGGGUCUCGUACUUCUCCGUCGACGAGGAAUCCGGGAAGGUGAUGUUGUCGCGAAGUCUGGCUGAGUUGGCCGAGGCCGGGAAGGAGCGGUUGGUGUUGGAGUUACCCGUGAUGGCCGAGGAACGCGUGACGUCCGCCUCGGAUUUCGCCACCAGCGAUCAGGCCACCAUCGUCAACAUCGGCUUCCACAUCGACGAAGCCUUCUCCAAUCUUCCCCCUUCCUUCUCGUCCGACAAGUCUGUUUCGGUUCCCAUCCUCUUUGCCUUUGACCCGAAUCCGUCGUCUGAGGGUGGAAGGAGAGAGGGGGAGGAUUCGCGUGAGAUGCAUCGAGAGGAUGCAUUAUAG